AAAAGGAUCCAUGCUUCCAAUUCCCUCUAUCUUCACCUCCAAAACCCUAGUACUGCGCAGACUUAUCGUACCGGAGCACAGCUUCUCCAGCAGCAGCAGCCAUGGCGGAUGUCGAUACGGAGGUGGCGGCGGCAGGCCAGAUUAAGAAGAGGACGUUCAAGAAGUUCAGCUACAGAGGCGUCGAUCUCGAUGCGCUCCUGGAUAUGUCUACUGAUGAGCUCGUCAAGCUUCUGAAUGCCCGUCAACGAAGAAGGUUUCAGAGAGGUCUGAAGAGGAAACCAAUGGCUUUGAUUAAGAAGCUGAGGAAGGCAAAACGUGAGGCCCCACCAGGUGAGAAGCCUGCCCUCAUCAGAACCCACCUGAGAAACAUGAUCAUUGUCCCUGAGAUGAUUGGAAGUGUCCUUGGUGUGUACAACGGCAAGACCUUCAACCCAGUUGAAAUCAAGCCUGAGAUGAUAGGCCACUAUCUUGCUGAGUUCUCAAUAUCAUACAAGCCAGUCAAGCAUGGAAGACCGGGUAUUGGUGCCACGCACUCUUCUAGGUUCAUCCCUCUGAAGUGAGAAUUGUACCAUCAGCUCAACAUACAAGGGGAGAAAAAGAUACUCUGCAGUUCUGUUCUUAUUUUCCCCUCUUACUCUGUCUUUUCUAGAAUGCUGGAGUUUCUGUUAUGAUAUCAAUAUCUGAACUGUGGUUCUGAAUUUGUUCUAUUGCCAAGCAUUUUGUUUGACUUGAUUUGUUCAGAGGUUUUACAAUUCUGACUUUGAGAAAUUAGAUAAGUUCUAUCAAAAUUGCUCUGCUGAUC